AUAAGGCCCGAGCCCCGGGCUGCCCAUUCACUCUCAGGAGAGCAGCUCUCUCAGGAGGCAGCAGCUCGCCUGGGUGCCCGUUGGAGUUCUCGGUCAGAGGACCUGGAGCACACCAUGGAGCAGCAGAAUAAGGAUCACUCCCAGCCCGCUGAAGGGCAGCAGAGGGUACAGGAGCGGCGCCAGUUUCUCUUGCAGAUGGAGAAGCUGCAAGACAUGAAGACGCUGCCACACAGUGGGGUGCGGCAGGAAGAGAGAAUCCAUCUGCCAGCCAUGCCGCCUUUCCCAAGGCAGGCAGCGACUCAGGCAGCAGCACCCAAGCAAGCGCGUGCAGCACAGACAUCGUCAUCUGAAAGGGUCACUUGCAAGCUGCCCCGUCUACAAGCAACAGCCUCUGCAUCUUCAGCUGCAGGAAGGGCAAAGGCGUUGGGCACAGAGGCCCACAGCCACCAAGAGCUUCUGCCACCUCUUCCGUGCAUCUCUGGUGAGAGGGACAAGGCAGUGAGGGCAGGGAGCCGGGAACGUGGCCCACACAGCCCUGUGGCCCCUGACGAGGACAUGGAGUACACAGUACGGUCCUUCGUCUCCACAGUCAUAAGAAACGCUCUAGCCUGCAACGAGGAAGCCAACAGCAAAGCAAGGCUUUCUCCCUCAGGCAGAGGUCCCGGGACCAAAGGCUACAGAACACCACCUCUCACCACAGCAGUGCCCCAAAAUGGGAAGAAGAAGAGUCAGCACUCGUCCAAAAGCAGCCCUGCAGCCCCUGCCGAAGAAAUUGAAGACCCACUAAAGGCCUUUGUCUCCGCUGCCAUUAACAGUGCCAUAGCCCGGAACCAGGGAGCCAUGAGGGAGGCAAGGCUUUCUCCCUUGGGCAGACGUCCCAGGAGCAAAGGCCGCAUAACACCACCACUCCUCACAGCAGUGCCCCAGAACUGGAAGAAGAGUCAGCACCCUGCCAAAAACAGCCCUGCAGCCUCCGCCGAGGACAUGGAAGACCCAGUAAAGGCCUUCGUCUCCAGUGUCAUUAGCAGUGCUAUAGCCUGCAACGAGGGAGCCACGAGGGAGGCAGAGCUUCCUCCCUUGUGCAGAGGUCCCAGGAGCAAAGGCCACAGAACACCACCUCUCCUCACAGCAGUACCCCAGGAUUGGAAGAAGAGUCGGCAGGCUGCCCCACACUGCCCCACAGACUCUUUCGCAGCACUGCGGGACACAGCACAGUCCCUUGUGUCUGAAGUCCUGGCAAAGACAAUGGCUGAAAGCUGGGAACACGGCCAACGGCCUGCAGAACUGGUGGACCUGGCACACACGGGGUGCACAGUGACAUCAACAAGAGCAGUCGAGGUCCAGACAGACACGGACAGCAGGUGGACCACUGCUCUGCCAGGGCGCCAUCACCAGGCACGUUCAGGAAAACCGGCUGCCGGCAGGGACCCUGCACCAGCAAGCCCAGACAGGGGUGAGAAGCAAGGGCAGCAGAGACAGAUACACAUCAAACCCAGGCAGGGGAGCGGCAAGGAUGGGACAAGCCAGGGCCGGGGCAGGAAAGAAAGAGGUCCUGAGAGAUGGGAUGAAGAGGAAGAAAUUAUCAUCUUCAACUCCUGGAUAAACCCCAGCUUCCCCAGCCUCUUCCAGGAGCCACAGGCCUUUCCCCAGAAAGUGUGCAGCUCACCCAGCAGCGUGGACAGGGAGGCUGCAGCACAAGAAGCAGAACCCCCAACAAGAGUCUCUCUUGGCUCACCGGACACUGAAACAUCGCCUGCUUGCCUGGAAGAGAGGCACGGCACGCCUCUCACCGCAACAGCACCGGCAGAGAGCAGGCCAGCAAGUCCUCCGUCAGCCCCUGCUUUUGAAGAUGAGCGCUACAGAGCGCCUCCCCAGACACGUGGGGCUCAAGAGUCAAAGCCAUCAGCCUGUCCCACCCCCAGUGAGCACAGCACUGCGGUGAUGGCUGAGAGGCAGGGACGUGCCCAACAUGCCCCCAGUGCCUGUGAUGAAGAUCUGCAUGAAGCAGCCCGGACCCUCGUUUCCGCAGUCCUAAGACAAGCUGUAGCCAUGAGCCAGGGAGCCACGAGCAAGGCACCAACUGCUCCCUCGGCCACAGGACCCAGGGUGCCUCCUCCCACAGCAGAGCCUGCAGACUCUGCAUCCUCAGCAUCUGCCUUAGCUGGAGCACUGGGGGACCUGGCACACACAGGGUGCACAGUGACAGCAACAAGAUCAGCCGGGGUCCAGACAGACGCGGAGAGCAGGGGGACCACUGCUCUGCCAGGGCCUGAUCCCCGGGUAUGUGCAGGAACAACGGCUGCCAGCAGAGACCCUGCACCAGCCAGCCCAGACACGGGUGAGGAGCAAGGGCAACAGAGAGAGCAAAACAUCAAACCCACGCAGGGGAGCGGCAACGAGGGGACAAGCCAGGGCCGGGGCAGGAAAGAAAGCGGUCCUGUGGCAUCGGAUGAAGAGGAAGAGAUUGUCAUCUUCAACUCCUGGAUCAACCCCAGGUUCCCCAGCCUCCUCCAGGAACCACAGGCCUUUCCCCAGGAAGAGGGCAGCUCAUCCAGCAGCGUGGACACGGAGGCUGCAGCAGAAGCAGCAGAACCCCCAACAAGCGCCUCUCUUGGCUCACUGGAGCCCACGGACACUGCACCAUCAGCUGCUCCCCUGGCAGAAGGUCCAGGGGAAGAGAGGCACGGCACGCCUCUCACCGCAACAGCACCGGCGGAGAGCAGGCCAGCAAGUCCUCCAUCAGCGCCUGCUUUUGAAGAUGAGGGGAAGAGAGCGCCUCCCCUGAUACGUGGGGCUCCAGAAUCAAAGCCAUCAGCCUGUCCCACCCCCAGUGAGCACAGCACUGCGGUGAUGGCUGAGAGCCAGGGACGUGCCCAACUUGCCUCCAGUGCCUGUGACGAAGAUCUGUAUGAAACAGCCCGGAUCAUCGUCUCUGCAGUCCUACGCCAUGCUGUAGCCAUGAGCCAGGGAGCCACGAGCAAGGCACCAACUGCUCCCUCGGCCACAGGACCCAGGGUGCCUCCUCCCACAGCAGAGCCUGUAGACUGUACAUCCUCGGCCUCUGCCUUGGCUGGAGGUGCUGUAGGGGAAGCCACGGAAGCCCCUCUCACUGCAGCAGCGGCGCCACAAGAAGAAGUGGCUUCUCCUAUGACUGCAGAUCUUCUCAGGGAGGACAUCACAGAUCUCAGUCCAGCAGCAGCUGAUGAAGCAGGAGCAGCAGCUACUCCCUUGGCUAUGGUUCCGGGGCACCAGGUUGCCGCCGAGCAGGGAGGCCAAGCGCAGUCCUCCUCCUGCACCAGAGAUACGCCAGCGGAUGAGCCAGCAACGUCCCAGACACAAGCACCGUCCCAGGGUCUGUUGGCCGGGCCUGUUCAGCGCAACGAGCAGCACCAAGGACUAGGCAUCCUUGACCUCGCACAAGCCCCAGCGCGCCAGCCACGGCCCUCCCGCGUCAGGAGGGCACUUCGGGCUCUGCGCAGGGCUUUCUGCUGCAGCUGCAUCGCAGGACAGCGAGAGUAGCAGCGCCCGGCUGCCAGCACCAGGACGGCGCUCGGAGGUGGCAGCUGGCCCUCAGGAAGCUUUGCAGCGCCCACAGAAGCAUCACUGGGAGGCACAGGACAGCGCCCCAGGAAUUCAGAUGCCCCACCACAUCCUGCCCCCAGCCUCAGCUCAGCUGCGGCUGCUUUCUGCUGUGAAUAAAAGCUCAGGCAGACGUUUGCCCCCAA